AAGAGAGAGUGAAAUGAUAAACUCCACCAGAGCUCCACUAGCUAUCACAGCAUCCAUCCAGACUGGCCAGGCUCACCCUCUCCUUAAUCCAGGAUUAUAACCUUCAAGUCAGACAUGGACCAUGCCACAGCCCACACCGACACAAUAGAGCUGGUGUUCAAAGAAGACACUGCGCUGACAGAGAUGAUGCGUCUCCGUGUAUCGUCUUUGCAGCGCUCAGGGCAGAAGCGACAGGAUGGUGAGCGCCUACUUCUCCCCCAUGAGGCCGUGUAUCGGCUGGACUUUCCCAUCCAGGAGCUGAAAUUCUCCCGCUGGCACUUCUCCCUUACUGCUUACGGUCGUGUCACCAUCACUGGUAUUUCUCAACACUGGACCCCUGACCUCACCCACCUGAUGACCCGUCAGCUGCUAGAACCGAUCGGAACGUUUUGGCGAAACGCUGAGGACCCGGAGGAUUCACCACUCAAAUGGCUGGAGGCAGACAUGCAAGAGUUCGGCGAAAGGAUUGCUGAGCUUGCCAAGGUCAGGAAGGUCAUGUACUUCCUGUUUGCUUUCAAGGAUGCUGCAGAGGCCGCAAAUGUCAGCUGCUCGGUGGAGUUCACACCAGACAAUUGACUCUUCACUUUCUGUCAGUAGAAGUCUGUUUGUGUUUUGGAGAAGAAUUGCAAUAUUUUGUUCAAUCUUUGACCUUUAAAAAACAUCAAACUAGAGCUAAAGGAUAACUUUGCAUCCUCUCAAAUCAAAGAAAUACAUCAUGUUAAAUAUAGUCUUACUGAUUCAUCUGUAAUUAUACAGUAACAAGCCUGUAGUUCCACCUUCUUUGUGCACAUGACCAGUGGCCAAGUUAACUGAAUAUUUUCUGUCACUGACUGAUUUUUUAUUUUUUUUUAAACAAUGACAGAAAAAUCUGAAGGCUGUCCUGUCAUUUCGACAGAUAGGAACUCCGAGGGCAAUCUGCUAUAACUUUAGGUAAUUAACACUCCCAUCCACUUGGUGGCAUGCGCAUAUUAAUUAGCCGUUGUCUAGUCUUGUCUUUGAUCUCACUGACCUCGUUGUCUAGCUAGCUUUAGUCAAGGAGAUUAUUUCUUUGCUUUAGCCAUCACAUUAGUAGGUUAUAUAGCUGCAUCACAUUGCAAAAUGUAACAGCACCUGAGUUUCCGAAGUUUCUUUAAAAAGCCCAAUAAUUGUGAUGGGGUUGAUAAACAAGGUGAAAAUUGUUGGGUUGGUCAGUCAAAUGUCUGGUCAGUUAGCACGAGCUAACACGCCAACAGUAGAUGACAUCCAACACAGAGCUAUUAAACGGUCCCAAAAACCUCACACAGAUACAAAAAAGGCUCAGCUCUUAUGUCAAACUUGUAAAUAACCACGUUGCUAACAAUGCAGUCAAGGAUGAAGGACAAGCAGGUGAGACUCAAAAUUAAAGUGACAGGCAAUAUCAGAUUAUGAUGGAAUUUUUAUGACCCUGUCUAUCAAAAUGACAGAUAGUGAGAAAGUCGAACGAAACCUCUGCACCUGACUUAUUUAACCUGUAACAAUUCACUGAAACAUUUUAGUGCAGAGAGCAAACAUUUAACAUCACUGACAGCCAUGUCAAUAUUUCAUAAGCACUUAAAGUAACAAGCUUUAAAGAAAUUAUUUUUCACAACAAAGUGCUCACAUUGAGGAGGAAAAACAGGAGAUCAACUUUCCUUAAAAUAAACAUGCAUCAUCUACAUAAAUCAUCAAAGUAUAUUUCAAACUUGAAAUGUGGGCAUUCAAUAAAAAAAAGAAAAUCUUUACACAAUAUUAUCUAAUGAUGUUAAAACUUCACAAUGACCUGAAAUCUUAGAAGUUUUAUAACUUUUGAAUAUAAAACUCGUGGAUAAAAACUAAACUUCCUCUUGUAAAUAAAUCCCGGCAUUACUUAUCAGCUGAAUAUUGUGAUUAUAUGUGUUUGACUUGUUGUUGUAUUUAGUUUCUAAAGCCUUUCAUCACUAGCAGGAGAGGCAGCUACAGUAGAUGCAAAACAAGUAGCAGCGAAUGGAAUAUCAAAUAUUCACAAUGCAUGACUGUCGGCCUGACACAAAACAGAGAUCAAUGAGGUGACAUCUAUUAAAAAUCGACUGAAAGCUCUCUGUGUGUUCUCAUUGGUGCUGAUGGUUAUUGGUGUUACUAGAUGGCGGGUGGGGGCGAGAGGAGAGGAGAAGAGUCAAGUCAGGUUCAUGAAUAAAGCCCAAAUCUGCUUCUAAGGGCUUUAUAGUUACAUCCUCAGUUCAGCAGGACAUAAUGUAUUGGCAGUCAUUGUCAUCCUCUCAUCAUCAUCAUAGUUAUCAUGAGCAUGGAAACUUAAAAAAAUGGGUGACAGGGAAGAGAGAGACAAAAUAAAGACAGAUAGACAAGACAGAAAGGAGAGAAGAUAAGAAAUGAUUUACCAGAACACAUGCAGUUUGUACUGAUGUGUUGAUACCAAAUAUCAAGGAAAAAUGACCAAAUCAACCAAAUCUGCAAAUCUACAAAGCCAGGAAAGUUUCAGGCUUCUGAAACACUCCUGGUGUGGUAUGACGCCAUGCAGACAACAGAACAAAACCAAGUCCAGCCAGACAAGGAGGGCUGCACCCGGUGGAAUUGUUCCUCCCGGCUCCCUUAUAGUCAAGAUGGCCAAGAAGACGACAAAAUGGGGACUAAUUCAUCCUAUACCUAGGCCUGAGUUUAGUGGAUCAUAACAUAUUGGGUAUGGAAUUAAUCUGCAGAUGCUUCGGUUCAAAAUGAGACCAAACUUUUCAAUCGAUGUCAGUUGUUUAGACCAAGAUAAGGCCAAAAUGUGGCCUGCAACAAACUAGGUAAGGGCUGUUGUUUUUCCAGAAAACUUUCGCCUUCUACCUGCCGGUUGAGAGAAGUGAGACAUCAGCAGUUGAUGACGAUAUAAAACAGUCAAUGAAACAGGUUUUUCAACAAUUGGGAAUUAUUGCAACCAUGAAAAGUCCUUGAGCAUACAGUCAUAAAUAUGCACAAAAAUAUGAGAAUGACUGGUCCAAUAGUUUUUCGAGAUAAUCUGCAGACAGACUGAUAAACACACACACACACACACACACACACACUCUCUCUCUCUAUCUCAAGCAUGCACACACAACCAAACGCAUGAUCCCAUGAGAUAGUGACAUGAGUAGCUCUCACUGCAAAGUAGUGACAGAACCAGUAGCAGAGACAGAAAACAGCCAAGGUGGAGAAAAGCCGAGCUCUCUGAGACAAGACAGAAACACAAACACACCCCAAAUUAAUAUGCUUCACUCCAAAUACGCUGGCAAUGAUAGGCAUGUACAUUCCUGUAUAACACAAUGCUUAUCUGUGCAAUGACACAACAACUAUGCUACUAAAGAGAUUAGAAGGGAAGCAUUCAGCUAAUUAUGUGGAUACAUUCCAAUGCAGAGUAGAGCCACUGCUGCAAAUUUCUUUAGACAUGAUUCCAAGUGGAAAAUUAGAAAAUUAGUUUCCUGAUGUGAAAAAAAGAGCAUUUGAUUCUCCGGUAAAAUCAAUAAACAAAAAAAAAUGUCCCAACUGAUUUGAUGGAGCUUUGGUCCAUUUUUUCGUCAAGGGCCACUAUUUUCCAGCCCAUUGUUCUGUAUGAACCUGGCGUCUGUGAGUAAUAGAUUACCAGUCUGGUGUAAAAAACAGAUCAUCAUUAAUUACUGUUAGAUCGUGACUGAUUUUAAUGCUGUGUUGUGUGAUUUAAAUAACUGCUGAUUCAAGCGUUAGCUUUGAUUUUCACAUAAUGCUGCUUUUCUCUCUCGCUAUUUUUCUGUCUCCCUGUGUUUCAGCUGGACUGAAGGGACACAGGGAAAAAUCCAAGCAUGCUAUGUCAACAGCUGCAGUAUCUGGUCAGAUGUUACAAUAGUUCCCAUUUUGUUUCCAGUCAAACUUUCCAGCUUACUGGAGCCAAAUACUGGCAGUAACAUGUUUUACACUGCAUUUUUAGAGUUAGUUACAGAGCCAACUGCUUCAGAGCAGACAGAGCCAGGGACAACAUGAUUGCAGGUUUUGUUAACAAUGAAUAAAAAAAUAACCCCAAAAAUAUUUUCGUUUUGUAUCAGAAUGCUCUUUUACAGUUUCUAUUUUUUUCC